AGGGAGGGGCAGACAGAUUUAUUUCCACAGCUGAGUGCUCUCCUCUGUGGCUUCACGUGGAUCCCAGACACUGGAGAACUGAGAGAAAAGUCAAAGAAGAAGGGACUAAAGUGGGUGCAGGAGGAGGAGUGUGGACAUGGAUGCACUUGCACUAGAGGCUACUGGGGGUAAAAAGAAAGCCAAUGGGGCGUCUGUGGCGGCGCCGCUGCCAGCUCAGCCCCCAGCAAAACGCAAACCUGCAAAAAAAGCUAAAAAGGCUGUUGUUUUCUUUGAGGUGGAGAUACUGGAUGCCAAGACCAAGGACAAGCUCUGCUUCCUGGACAAGGUCGAACCAAAUGCCACUAUUGGAGAGAUCAAGUCUAUGUUCCACAGGAGCCAUCCUCAGUGGUACCCAGCUAGACAGUCCAUUCGUCUGGACCCCAAGGGGAAGUCUUUGAAGGAUGAAGAUGUCCUGCAGCAUCUUCCUGUGGGAACCACUGCAACCUUUUACUUCAGAGACCUGGGAGCUCAGAUCAGCUGGGUUACAGUCUUUCUGACAGAGUACACUGGUCCUCUUGUCAUCUACCUGAUGUUCUACUUCAGGGUUCCCUUCAUCUACGCACCCAAAUAUGACUUCACCACUAGUAAACACUGGGUCGUACAUCUUGCCUGUAUGUGUCACUCUUUCCACUACGUCAAGCGGCUGCUGGAGACUCUGUUUGUCCAUCGCUUCUCUCAUGGGACAAUGCCAUUACGCAACAUAUUUAAGAACUGUACCUACUACUGGGGCUUUGCAGCAUGGAUGGCCUAUUACAUCAACCAUCCACUGUACACACCACCUAUCUACGGGGAGCAACAAAUCAGAAUUGCUCUCAUCAUAUUCUUGUUCUGUCAGAUUGGCAACUUUUCCAUCCACAUUGCUCUUCGGAACCUCCGCCCACCAGGCUCUAAGACCAGGAAGAUCCCCUAUCCAACCAAGAACCCCUUCACCUGGAUCUUCCUGUUGGUUUCCUGUCCCAAUUACACCUAUGAGCUGGGCUCCUGGCUUGGCUUCACUCUGAUGACCCAGUGCCUGCCUGUGGCUUUCUUUACCUUGGUGGGUUUCAUCCAGAUGACUGUCUGGGCCAAAGGGAAGCACCGCAGCUACCUGAAGGAGUUCCGGGACUACCCUCCCCUCCGCUCACCCAUCCUGCCCUUUGUCCUGUAGAGGACUACUACUACCCUCACCCUGUUUGUAAGAGUCGAGUACCUCCAUCCCCCAGUGUUGGAGAGGGUACCCUUCCUUUAUCCUUCCUUCAAAUAUGCACUGGAACUGAACAGAUAUUCAACUUUUUUUCUUCAUACCUAAUUUUGUCUUUUUCUUCCUGUUUUUUUUAAUUCCUCUCAUGCCAAGUGAAAGUGACUACACAUGUUUUAAUUUGUAUUAAUCAAAACAAACCCAUCUUUACUGUUUAGGUUCAUGCAUCCCAGAGUUUACUGUAGAUAAAUACUGUGAGACACCCGACCACUCCCCUGUCUAAUAUACCUAACACUGUUGUGCUGGGGCUGAAUUUGCAUCUGGUGAUAUUCAGUGAAUCAUGAACCGUUGAGUCUUGAUAAGAAUUCAUCUAAAUUUAGAACAGUGUCAUUUAAUUUCCUUGAUGCUUGGAGUAAUUUAUUAAAAAAAUAAGCCAAAA